GAGCAUGAGCUCGCUGAGCAGAUCUUCUGGACCAACGUGGUGGACAAGGAGCUCUAUGCCAUGCGUGGUGCUCUCGGGUUCCCGGACUCCGACCCGAAGGAUCACUAUCGAGCACCGACACCUCCGACGCGAUGCCGUUCUGCCGCAGCUGACCGAAGGGGCAGGAAGCACGUCCAGCUUGCUCUGCCCGUGAUCUCCAUCCGUGAGCUGAAUGCAAAAGGUUGGCCCAGCUUGAACCCAAUUCCGAUCAGGACGCCCCAGGGGCUUCGCAAGAGCGACUCUGCCCCGAGCCUGACGACCACGAACCGCGGCUACAUGCCGGAGCCAAGCGAGCUUCCCACCAUCCAGAGCAAAAGUCGCAGGAAGCGGACGAACUCCGCAGCAAUGCGCCGGACUUUCUGA